AUGAAAAUUUCCACAAUCAAACAAUUAGUACGGGAAGCUAGUGCAAAAAAUCGACAACAAUCACAAAUUUCAAAUCACCGCGACGAUGAUUCUGAUGCAAUGACCGUAAGCAAUGAUGAAGAAAUGAAGGAAUUCAAUUCUUCUGAUCAAUUAAUUUCCAAUUCUUCUUCUUCUUCAACUGCUCCGAAACAAAGAAAGAACAGAAAGAAUUAUAUUACAUCAAAUUCGUUUUUUUCUAAAACACAUUCAAUUAAGAUGUAUGCUGAUUUGUGGUUUUAUAUUUCGAAAUUUAUGGAUGAACCUUUAAAUUACUUUCUUACACAGUUUCGUUUAAUUUGUAAACAGGCCUUGGAGGCUGCAAGCAGAUACACCAAAUUGGAAAUGAAUGGGAUUUAUGGAAAUAGAUUAUUUUUAAUGAUUUGUAAUCACAUGACCGAACUUAAAGUAUUGUCAUUAGAGAAACGAUUACAAAAUCGAAAGAAAGUAGGAAUUACAGAUAUAGGUCCAUUGAAAAGGGGAAAUUUAGAAAAGUUAGAAUAUUUAAACUUGCAAAAUAAUUCCAUUUCCAAUGUUACAGCUUUUGGUGUUGCAAAGAAUUUGAAAAAUUUGAAAUAUUUGAAUUUAAAAGGUAACAAGAUUACUACUUGGCAAUAUUUGGCUAAUAAGAAAUUGAGGAAUAUCGAAUAUUUAAAUUUGAAUAGUAACAUGAUUACCAGUGUGUACACGUAUCUUUAUAUAGAUACCAAAUUACCUGAAUCCAAUUUGAAAACUCUCAAAUUGGGAAAUAACAAGUUGGAUGCAAUUUUUUUCGUUAACAUUAAUAUGAACUAUUUCUCCAAUUUAACAAACUUGGAUUUGAAAUAUAAUAGAGAAAUUGGUACGAUAUGGUAUAAUGGUGAAUCGAAAUUGGAUAAAUUGGAGCAAUUGAAUAUUAGUGGAACAAGUAUUAUCGAUCUGACACAUGUUCUAACUAGCUUUCCAAAAUUGAAAAUUCUCAAAUAUGGCAGUGUUGACUAUGAAAGCAUGACAACAAUGAGCAAUCUAUUGCAAGAAUUAUCUCCAUCCAUAGUCGAAGAUACACCACUAAAAAAUCAAAUUGAGACGCUCUAUUUGAAUAACAUGAAACUAACGUGUGGAAAUAUUGUAGAGCUCUGCAAUCUGAAACUAUAUCAACAAUUAACCAAACUAGUCUUGAGUGAGAACAAAAUUUGCAACCAAUCUAUUCAAGUGCUUUCCCAAGUACCAAAUCAAUUGACUAGCUUGACUGUUCGUAAUUGUUUUCUUAAUGAUGGUUGUGCCACACAUCUAUGCUCCUUUCCAAAAUUGAAAUACUUGGAUGUUGCCUGGAAUUUCCUCACCAAUUCAGGUUGUAAUGUGUUGGUGAGCUCGAAUUUGGACCAUCUCGAUAUCACUCACAAUACUUACAUUGAUGCCAAGCUCAUUUCAAGUCGGCCAACCAGUAUCAAGAAGAUUAUUUAUGGUUGGGGAAGAACCAACAUUCAUGAAAGAAUUACUCAAUAG